GCGCGCGCCAGGCGAGGGGGCGCGCGCACAAAGUUUGCGCCGCGGGUGCGCUCGCUCUGCUCUCCCGGGUGCAGCGCCCGCUCCGGUGCGGGCUGCGGGGCGAGAGGCGGGCCGGGUGGCGAUGCGCCGGGCCCGGCCGAGCCCGUCCCGCCGCGCAAGGUGACCGCUCCGGCAGCGCGGGCCGCAGCCAUGGGCACCCUGGGCAAGGCACGAGAGGCUCCGCGGAAAACACCCCAUGGCUCCAGAGCUGCCCCUAAAGCAAGACUAGAGGCCAAAGCCGCGAACAGCCCCUUCCCCUCGCAUCCCAGCCUGGCCCAGAUCACCCAGUUCCGAAUGAUGGUGUCCCUGGGACACUUAACUAAAGGAGCCAGCCUGGACGACCUCAUCGACAGCUGCAUUCAGUCUUUCGAUGCAGAUGGAAACCUCUGUCGAAGUAACCAGCUGCUGCAAGUCAUGCUGACCAUGCACCGAAUCAUCAUCUCCUCUGCAGAACUGCUCCAAAAAGUUAUGACCCUCUAUAAAGGUGCCUUGGCAAAGAAUUCACCUGGGAUUUGUCUGAAGAUCUGCUAUUUUGUAAGGUACUGGAUAACAGAAUUCUGGAUCAUGUUUAAAAUGGAUGCCAGCUUGACAAACACUAUGGAGGAGUUCCAGGAACUGGUGAAAGCCAAUGGGGAGGAGGCCCACUGCCGCCUGAUCGAUACAACUCAAAUUAAUGCUCGUGACUGGUCCAGAAAACUUACUCAAAGGAUAAAAUCAAACACCAGCAAGAAACGAAAAGUCUCCCUGCUCUUUGACCAUCUGGAACCAGAAGAGCUAUCUGAGCAUCUCACCUACCUGGAGUUCAAGUCCUUUCGAAGGAUCUCUUUCUCUGAUUAUCAAAAUUACCUUGUAAAUAGCUGUGUGAAGGAGAACCCCACGAUGGAGCGAUCCAUUGCCUUAUGCAAUGGCAUCUCCCAGUGGGUGCAACUGAUGGUUCUCAGCCGCCCCACCCCACAGCUCCGGGCAGAAGUCUUCAUCAAGUUCAUCCAUGUGGCCCAGAAGCUUCACCAACUACAGAACUUCAAUACGCUGAUGGCUGUGAUAGGUGGGCUGUGUCACAGCUCAAUCUCCAGGCUCAAGGAGACCAGUUCGCAUGUCCCACAUGAAAUCAAUAAGGUUCUCGGCGAGAUGACCGAGUUGCUCUCCUCCUGCAGAAACUACGAUAACUACAGGCGAGCCUACGGGGAAUGCACCCAUUUCAAGAUCCCCAUCCUAGGGGUGCACCUGAAGGAUCUUAUUUCCCUAUAUGAAGCCAUGCCUGACUACCUGGAAGAUGGGAAGGUGAACGUCCACAAGCUGCUGGCCCUUUACAACCAUAUCAAUGAACUAGUCCAGCUACAGGAGGUGGCCCCCCCACUGGAGGCCAACAAGGACUUGGUGCACCUGCUGACGCUAUCCCUGGAUCUCUACUACACUGAAGAUGAGAUCUAUGAACUCUCCUAUGCCCGGGAACCGAGGAACCACAGAGCCCCGCCACUAACACCUUCUAAGCCGCCGGUAGUAGUAGACUGGGCCUCUGGAGUAUCACCCAAACCUGAUCCGAAGACCAUUAGUAAACAUGUGCAGAGGAUGGUGGACUCUGUCUUUAAAAACUAUGAUCAUGACCAGGAUGGAUACAUUUCUCAGGAAGAAUUUGAAAAGAUCGCUGCAAGUUUCCCGUUUUCCUUCUGUGUGAUGGACAAAGACAGGGAAGGCCUCAUCAGUAGAGAGGAGAUCACGGCCUACUUCAUGAGAGCCAGUUCCAUCUACUCCAAGCUGGGCCUGGGAUUUCCUCACAACUUCCAGGAGACCACCUACCUGAAGCCUACUUUCUGCGACAACUGCGCUGGGUUUCUCUGGGGAGUGAUCAAACAAGGAUAUCGAUGUAAAGACUGUGGGAUGAACUGCCACAAACAGUGCAAAGAUUUAGUGGUGUUUGAGUGCAAGAAGCGAACCAAAAAUCCAGUGGCUCCCAUGGAGAACACUUCAGUGGCACCAACAUCCAACCUUUGCUCUUUGGGAGGCAGAGAUCUGCUCCAUGCACCUGAGGACGGAUCAUUUACAUUCCUGAAUGGGGAGGCUGUGGAACACGGUGAAGAGAGCAAGGAUCGGACCAUCAUGCUGAUGGGAGUGUCCUCACAGAAGAUUUCAGUUCGGCUUAAGAGGACUGUUGCCCACAAGACCACCCAGACCGAAUCGCUACCUUGGACUGGCAGUGAGGGCUCUUCUGGUCACUUUGUGCUGUCCUCUCCAAGGAAGACAGCCCAGGAUACCCUUUAUGUACUUCCCAGUCCUACAUCCCCAUGCCCCAGUCCAGUCUUGGUCAGAAAGCGAGCGUUUGUCAAGUGGGAGAAUAAAGAGUCCCUCAUAAAAUCAAAAGAAGAGCUCCGUCAUCUCAGACUCCCAACAUACCAAGAGCUAGAACAGGAAAUAAAUACUCUGAAAGCAGACAAUGACGCCCUAAAGAUCCAACUAAAAUAUGCACAGAAGAAAAUAGAAUCCCUUCAGCUUGAAAAAAGCAAUCAUGUCUUAGCACAAAUGGAACAGAGCGACUGUUCUUAGCCAGAAACUCAUGGAGCACCACCUACGGAUGAGUAUACCACAGCUCUCAUUUCCUAAGCUGAUUAACACAAAGACAGGGCAACUUUAGAUGGACUGUCUUUAAAUGGAGUACUCUGGAAGAGAAAAGCCCUUACUGUUUCGUAUUUUAAAAGACUCCUAAUGUACAGUAUUGUUUUCUUGUUCAAUCAGCUGACUCAAACUCGCAGAAAGCUGUAGGAUACAAAACUUUUCAUGUUCCACACUGAUUUUUUUUUUUUUUUUUUUGGUACCAGGGAUUGAACUCACGACCUAGCGCUUGCCAUGCAGGUGCUCCUGCCGCUGAGCUAAAUCCAUGCCCCCUCCACCCUUCUUUCUGGAAUAGCAAAAGUGUCCUAAAGCAUGACUAUAGUUUCCUAACAAGGUAGUAUCUCAUAUGGCCCACACUGAUUCUUAAAACUAAAAUUUCUGGAAAACAAAUUGGCGUUUUCCAAAUUGAAGGAUUUCCUUUGUUCUACAAAGCUUUACUGAUAAUGAAAAAAUAUCAAUAUUCCAAAAGCAGUGGAACUUGUAGGUCCCAGCAUUCUUUGUGUAUCUACUUCACUACCUCAGAUCUAAUCAGUAGCCUUUUUUCCUCCCUCCCCACUAAGCCACAUCCAUGAAUGUAUCUACUUAGAAGUGAACUUCUAGAGAUGCAGUCCUUGGCUUUUCAGUGGCUUAUUAAACAUGGUGUUAUACAGACACAAGGUCAAUUAGUUCUAGUCUUAAAGUUACUCUAAAAUAAAACCAGUACCUAGGAACAUAGCUAUUACCAUCUCAUAUAUGACUUGCUGAUUAGUAUAAUAAACAUAAUGUAGACAUAUUUGUCCUCAUAUUCUAUAGUGAAUACAACUAGGAACUUACAGUUUUUUAAAGCAAGUCUGUAAAGAGUAUCAAACCCUUCCUGUUUAGUAUUUUUUAAGUAAACUAUUUUUAAAAUUCUCUUUUGAACUGAUUUUGUGCUUAAAACUGUCUUCACUAUUGAUACUACUUAGAGAAAUAAGCUAAUUGAAUCAGCAAUGUAAAUAACAGCUGACAACAUGUACAUAUGUAUAUAAUAUGUAUAUAUGGUAUCAGGCAUGCAUGUAGUUUAGAGUUGUCUCCAUAAAUUUUACUAUUUAGCAAAAUCACAGGUGACAAGCCCUGGUUAUAUUCUGUUACGAAGGUUAAUGAAUGAGCUCAGUUAGGGGCCUGGGCUAUUAUUCACAAACUCUAACUAACAUUUUCUUUUGGGGGAAUUAGCUUCCAUACUAGGUAGGAAAAUCCAGUAGCCAACUGAUUUAUAAUUCAUAUAUAAGUGGGCCAGCUGCCAGGAAUAUAAUCUUAAUUGAAAGUUUCACAUGUAAAGUCAAAGCACGAUGCCCUUAUCAAUAAUACAAAAUAUAUAGUGUGGCCUACUUGCAGGAUUCAGAUUAUUUAAGUUUUUUUGAUGAAAGAUCACUUCCAUUUGUCUACUUCUUUGUACUAAGAUUUAAUGACAUAAAACUUAGAAAUGUUUUACUAAAUUUUAAAGAAUUGCUUCACAUAAAUUUAUUCUUCUUGUAAAUCCAAACUCAGAAAUGCUCAAAGCAGUGCCGCUUAGGCCCACUGCCUAGAAUAUACACUUUAUUAGCUAACUGGUACUUGGUUUACAUGGAGUAAACAUGAGCUUAUGAAAAUGCUAGAAUUCAGAUUCAUUAUUAUUUUCCUAUGACAGACUAAAGGGUAUAUCUCAGUUUUUAAACUAUAAUCAUGGAAUAUACACUUCCUCAUACUUUCCACCUAAAAUGAAGACCUCAAGCUAUUUUUUAUGUAAAUAAUCUGUAAUAUAUAGGAUUUCAAAAGGUGAUAGUUCCUUUAACUAACUAAAUUAUCAUGGAUAGAUAAUCCUGGGCACUGAACAAUGUUAGCACUGAAAUGAACACAAGGCCAGAUUUUCGUCAUAGGCUUUAAAAUCCAGCAAAGGCAAAAGAGGAAUAAUGUUAUCAAUAUUGUUUAUGUUGAGCUAUGGGAACUAGUGGAAUCCAGAGAAAAAUCUGAAACAAGUUUUUGCUUUACCACGUCGAAGAUGAAAAUUUUUGUUUCUCAUAUUGACUUGAAAUAAUUUUGGACAGGUAUUUAUCUGCCAAGACAAAAAUAAAUUUUGUUUUAUUAACAAUGUCAUUUUCUUUGUUAAUUAAAUCACUUUUUUCACUGACCAUUUAUGAAUCUGUCUUACGGUAAAUAAUGUAAAAGGACUGCAAGAAAAAAUGUACAGAUUGUAAAUUUUUUGAUAAUGUAAGUUUUCUUCAAGUAAUAUUUAUAUGAUAAAGACAUUAGGAUCCCACAACAUACAUGUCUUGUGUUUCUUCUUCAUCUGCAUGAAUAUGUACAAACUCCACCUGAAAUUUUACUAUUGGUUUAUGUAUGGACUACUCCUCUAUUAAAUAGUGUUGUCCUGGAAGUAAAAGCAAAGCAACUAGAUUAUUCAGUUUAAAAGUUUUGGUAUCUUUUGUAGUCCAAAGUUAACAGUACAGAAAUACCCACUCUUUUCCCAUCUUCUAAUGAUUUCUAGUGGCUUUCCCAUUAAGUCUAAAAAUACAUUAAAGGAGAAAAAAUUGACCACUGUCA